AUGGUUUUGGUUGAUGAAAUGAAUGAGGCAUGUAAUACGGAAGAAGAGAAUAGUUUAAGUUUGGUUCCUAGUUUGGACAUGUCAUUUGACACAAUGGAAGAUGCAAAGAAAUUUUACCACGAAUACGGUAAGAGAUGUGGAUUUGGCAUUCGAACCAGAACCUCAAAAAAGGAUAGGAACAACAUAGUCUACUACUUGAGAUUGGUUUGUUCCAGGGAAGGUAAAUAUGUUUCCAGCGUUCGUCCAGAGGUAAAAACUCUACCAAGUCAGACUAAUGAAUGUCCUGCUGGAAUAACCAUAGCACGGAAAAAUGAGAAAUGGUUUGUCAGAACUGUAGUUUUAGAUCACAGUCAUGACCUGUGUCCACAAACCUCCAAUCUAAUCCGUGGUAACAGGCAAUUGAACAUGCAUGCGAAGCACACUUUGGAAGUGAAUGAUGAUGCUGGAGUUCGUAUUAAUAAGAGUUUCCUUAGCAUGGUUAGUGAAGCGGGUGGAUAUGAAAACAUGCAAUUUGUUGAACGAGAUGCUAGGAACUUCAUUGGUCAGCAUAGAAGGUCCCUGUGUAAGGAAGGUGAUGGACAGGCAUUGCUUCGACACUUCUCAAAAAUGAGAGACCAGAAUAAUGAAUUCUUUUAUGACAUCGAGAUGGAUGAAGAUAAUAGAAUUACUAAUGUCUUUUGGGCAGAUGCUCGAAGCCGAGCUGCUUCUGAGGAGUUCGGUGAUGUCGUGUCGUUUGACACCACGUACUUAACCAACAAGUACGACAUGCCAUUCGCUCCAUUUGUGGGAGUUAAUCACCAUGGACAGUCAAUCUUACUUGGUUGUGGAUUGCUUUCAUCAGAGGACACUAAUUCAUUCAUAUGGUUAUUUAAUUGUUGGUUAAGAUGCAUGGGGAACAAGGCGCCCAACAGUAUUGUAACCGAUCAAUGCAAGGCCAUGGCUAAUGCAAUUGAAGAAGUUUUCCCAAACACAAAACAUAGGUGGUGUUUGUGGCACAUAAUGAAAAAAAUACCCGAAAAAUUCCAAGGAUAUAAGAAUUAUGUUGGGAUCAAGUCUGAUAUCAAAGCGGUUGUCUAUGAGUCUGCUACUGCAAUUGACUUUGAAACUGGUUGGAAACGACUACUUACCACACAUUUCUUGGAAAGUAAUGAUUGGCUAUGUAAUUUGUACGAAGAGAGAGCGAAAUGGGUUCCAUGCUACUUGAAGAACCACUUUUGGGCUGGUAUGUCAACUACUCAAAGAAGCGAGGGUAUGAAUGCUUUCUUUGAUGGUUUUAUUAAUUCCACUACCACCUUGCAACAAUUUGUGAUUCAAUACGAUAAUGCUCUUAAGGUUAAGGCACAAAAGGAAUUAGAAGCUGAUUUUGCCUCUCUAAAUACAACAGUUGCAUGUGGGUCUCAAUCACCAAUUGAGAGACAAUUUCAAGUUGAGUACACUCAUGCAAAAUUUGAGGAAGUACAAAAUGAGUUUCGAUCAAGGAUGAAUUGUUUCAUUAAAGAGACAUUGAAGGAAAGUAUUCUCAACACGUACACAAUCAAAGAAGAGUGCAUGUGGGAGGGAAAAUGUGUGCCAAAAUAUUAUCAUGUUCAAUUUGAUCCUGUUUUAAAAGAAAUUACUUGCUCCUGCCUUUUGUUUGAGUUUAGAGGCAUUAUAUGCAGGCAUUCGCUAUUGGUUCUAGGUCAGGAAGAUGUUCAUCAUGUACCCUCAAAAUAUGUACUGUCCCGUUGGAGCAAAAACAUCAGAAGAAAGCAUACACUUAUUAGAGCAGCUUAUAGUUCUUUACAACUUGAUCCCAAGAUGCAAAGAUACCAAACUUUGUGUAAGCAGUUCUAUAAUCUGGCUGAGGCUGCAUGUGAAUCUGAAUGUGCUUCUGAUCAGUUGGAAAAAGAUUUGAAAUGUCUUGCUCAAAAGUUUGGGGUGACCUCAAGUCUGAAAAAUAAUAUCGUAAGUGAGGGAGGACAAUUAAGGUAUGAGAACGCCGUUCCUCAAAAUACGUCCUACAAUACAUGCGGAAGUAGUGACGUACUUGUUCGCAGUCCCGUCGCGGUUAAGCGAAAAGGCCGACCAAGAACUAACAGAUUGAAAUCAACCGUUGAAAGAAGGUGCCAAAAGAAAUCAAAGGGAAGUAAAAGAAAUUCUUCAACAACACCUUUAGAACCCAAUGUAGCCACAGCAUUUAAUGGAGCACAAAACCCCCAGGACAUGGAAUCUGCAUCCCAAACAAUACAGAUAUCCCAACUAUCUGAAGUUGCUCCUAAUGGCUUCAUGUCGUUGCUCUCUGCGGUCCAUAACACUUUUGAGAAUAUAUAA